AUGAUAAGUAGUAAAAGUAAUAGUAUCAAGUUAAUAAAAGUUCCGAAAUUUGUUGCAAAUAAAUGGCUUGAAUGUAAUGAUAAAGAUAUUGUUGGGUUGCUCGAAGAAAAUAAUAAUGAAAUAUCAGCCAUAUAUAUCCAGAAAGAUGAUAGUGAUGAUGUAAAAAAAUUGCCAUGUAAUAAAAAUAGUACAGUAAGUACAUAUAUACUAAAAGAGGAAAAAGUUUCAUUGAAAAUAAGCAAUAAAAAUGCAAACUCUGUAAAUAAUAAUAAUAAUAAUAACAACAAUUUGGUUAAUAAAUCAAAUGAAAAUAUGAAUCAAGGUAAAGAUAAUUUAGAAGGUGAUAAAGAAACAGUAGAUUAUGUAAUUUGUGCUGAUAUAAUAAAUAAUUGUAAUUACACAUAUUCAUUUUUACCAACAUUAGAUAAAGAUUAUUCUUUAGUGUUAAAGGAAAGACAUUAUAAAACAAAUAUCAAAAAAGAUAGAUAUACUAUUAUAGAAACCCGAAAUGAAGAUAAUAUUGAUUCUUCUCAUACAUUGUUCAAAUAUUAUAAUAUGAGCGAGGAUGGGUCGAAUAGCAAUUUAAAUAAUAAAGAUCCAAGAGAUAAUAAUAUUGAAAAUAGUAAUAAAUAUGGUAAAAAUAAUAAAAGAGGGUUUAUGGAAAAUGAGAAUAACAUUGGUUCAUAUUCAGCAUCUAAACAAAAAACAAAACAAGCAAAAAAAAUGCAUGUUUUUGAUUUAGAUAAAACUAAAAUUAGUAUGUUUAAAAUAUUUGAAAAGGAGGGAAAAAAAGGAGUUCCAUUUUCUUUUUUUUCUAAAAGUUUUAACAUACCAUCAAACUAUAUAAAAAAUAUAUUAGACGAAAUUGCUGUUAAAAGGAAAAGGGUUUCUGACAAAAAAACUGUUUAUUUUUUGAAGGAUUACAUAAGUUGA